UCCUGCCCGCGCCAGCGCGCGUCCCUGUCCGCGCCGUGCCUCCGCACCACAAAAACGAGGGGGCUACCCCUUGCAGCGCAGCCACGAACGGACCCCCGGGCCAUAGCAGCUGCAGCGGAACCGAUCGACAGAAGAUAUGGCCGCCUCCUCCUCCGCCGUCUCUGGCCUCGCCGGCGCCGCCCUCGCCAGCCGGCCGGCUUUCUCCACCAGCUUCGUGCGGGGCGGCCGGGUGUCGGCCAGGAACCCGCUGAUGACGAGGAACCUGGAGAGGAACGGCAGGAUCACCUGCAUGACGUUUCCCCGGGACUGGCUGCGGAGGGACCUGAGCGUGAUCGGCUUCGGCCUCAUCGGGUGGAUCGGCCCGUCCAGCGUCCCCGUCAUCAACGGCAACAGCCUCACGGGCCUCUUCUUCUCCAGCAUCGGCGAGGAGCUCGCCCACUUCCCCACGCCCCCGCCAGUCACCUCCCAGUUCUGGCUGUGGAUGGUGACAUGGCACCUGGGCCUGUUCAUCGUGCUCACCUUCGGCCAGAUCGGCUUCAAGGGCAGGACCGAGGACUACUUCGAGAAGUGAAGCGGCUGAGCUCCAUCUGCUGAAGCGGCGUGCGUGCCGCAUCGAACCUUGCUUUGUAUAGGGCUCUGAUCUGGCUGAAUUCAUGUGUGGUGCUGCUUUUGUGAUGAGCUCAAUGUAAAUGAGAAAAUCUACCGUCCCCCUGCUGCACGCUUGGGUUUAAUUUGAUGAAUAAUCUAGCUAGUGUCUCGUGACUGGAGAUCUUUGCAAAGUUUAAUUUGCGCAACAAAAAUGAGGGAGAAGUGUUCAA